AUGAGCACGGGAACGGGGCCCGCCGAAGCUCGGGUUUGUGGAGGGCGCUGGGAGGUGCCCAGCGCGCUCAGCACCAGUUCCCGAAGCCCGAGGGAGAGCUCUGGGCAGGACGAAACCGCCGGGACCCCGGGGAAGGAGCUAGGUCAAAACCGAAGCGUGCCGCCGGCUCCGGGGCCGUGCCCAUCACCCCGUCUCCCCGCAGAUUACUGCAUGAACCCCCAGACCGUGCUGCUGCUCCGCGUCAUCGCCGCCUUCUGCUUCCUGGGCAUCAUCUGCAGCCUCUCGGCCUUCCUGCUGGACGUCUUCGGGCCCAAGCACCCGGCGCUGAAGAUCACUCGCCGCUACGCUUUCGCCCACAUCCUCACAGUCCUGCAGUGCGCCACCGUCAUCGGGUUCUGCUACUGGGCCUCGGAGCUGAUCCUGGCGCAGCAGCAGCAGCACAAGAAGUACCACGGCUCCCAGGUCUACGUCACCUUCGCCGUCAGCUUCUACCUGGUGGCGGGGGCCGGGGGCGCCUCCAUCCUCGCCACCGCCGCCAACCUGCUGCGUCACUACCCCACCGAGGAGGAGGAGCAGGCCCUGGAGCUGCUGUCGGAGAUGGAGGAGAACGAGCCCUACCCGGCCGAGUACGAGGUGAUCAACCAGUUCCAGCCCCCCCCGGCGUACACCCCCUGAGGCCGCCGGGGCUCCGGGGUGCGGCUCCGUCCCCCGUCCCCCCCCCCCCCAGAACCUUGCCCUCGCCCGGUGCCGCCGGUCCCGGCUGCUUCGCCGUCGGGGCACCGCGCCGGCUCUCCCGUGCGAAGGACUGCUUUUAGAGUUGGAUUUCCAGACCGGGGGGAGGG